AUGGCAUCCAUCUUCACUUAUGACCCUGACCCACCUCGGGUGUCCUCCCCAUGGUCAACUUCAGGAUCAUCAACUCCCCAAAUCAAUGCACAUGGUAGUCGGGGUUUAGCUAUCCGCACGCGUUCCAGUGCCACUCCACUACGCGUCGACCCUGACUUAUUAUCUAACUAUGGAAUUUCCAAACUUGAACCCGAGCCCCAAGAGGGUCCCACUGAGUACAAAGUGCACCUUCUGCUUCGACCCAGGCGCCCCUAUGUCUCAAUGUCGACUGGGCAUGUAAUAGCUGGCUCAUAUCACCACAAUUAUCGGAUCAUCCCAAACACGUCUAUCUCUGCCUCCCCAGGUUUGGAACCAACCCCAAGACCCAUGCAAGCCAAAUCUAGCCAGAGCCGCCAUCAAAGACUACAGGGGUUGACUACCCAGCUGCUAUGGCGACUGCAACAAUCCUCACCUUUUCACUCAUCCACUACGUCUAAUCUUGUGGUGCCUGUUCUUCCCGAGGCAGCCCUGGAAUUGGGUGUGCCCUCUAAACCUGCUCGCUUGCUUCCCGGUCUUGAAGAGAGUCAAGGUGCCUUGUAUGAAAUCGGCGUCGGCGAUGAUGGCACUUUUGUAGGCCUCACGCAAGAUGAGUUGGAUGAGAGCAUGACCAAUCUCCAGGCUAUGGCUGCUAGCCUUGGGUGUAAAGUUGAGAUUCUUCGUCGGGUUGUGGUUGGAAGCUGUGAAUGGGCUGAAGACUCGCAAUCUGCAACUGUGGACCAAACUAAAAACAAUACCGAAAGUCUCUGGGUUGCCGAGGCUCUGGUUAGUCCCGACCUGGACUUCUACAAUAUCUCUCCGGUAAAAUCCAAGAACGACACAGAGACUGCUGCACACCCCGAAUUUGGCAACGCAUCGGUCAUGGACGAGGAUUACUCCCACACAGAGCAGAUUCGCAUUUCUCUCGCAGGUCCAAGCACCGCAGGAAAGUCUUCUUUGUUGGGUACAUUGACUUCGUCUGUGCUUGAUAAUGGAAGAGGCAAAAGCAGGUUGAGUCUGCUCAAGCAUCGGCACGAAAUCUCAUCGGGGAUUACCAGUUCAGUUGCGCAGGAAUUGAUUGGGUACACGGAUGAGGUACCACCCACUGUGAUCAACUACGCUUCCGGUAAUGUUGCCGGCUGGGAUGAUAUUCAUGCCGCUUCAAAGGGAGGUCGCUUGGCCUUCGUUUCCGAUCUACCCGGCUCUGUUCGAUAUUUAAAAUCUACCCUACGAGGAAUUGUCAGCUGGGCCCCACAUUAUGUGAUGCUUUGCAUUCCAGCAAAUUGCGAUGCUGAGACACCCGGCGGCGAACAGGGAGGAACUGAACAGUCAGAUAUUGAUACGUGUUUGUCGUAUCUCGAACUUUGCUUAAAGUUAGAGGUUCCUGUGUUGAUUGUCAUUACCAAAUUGGACGUUGCUUCCCGCAGCGGACUACGAGACAAUCUCGGAAGAGUUCUAUCUGCGCUUAAAACAGUUGGACGCCUACCUGCAAUGUUACCUGCGUCGCCUGCAGGUGACAAACCCCUUGACCUUCAGCAAGUCAGCACGCUGGACAGUACCCAAGUACAGAAAGUGUGCGUGGAAGCUGAUGGGAAAUGGGCACGCACCGUACCUAUCAUGCUUACCAGUGCUGUGGAUGGCUCUGGCAUUGGAAAACUCCAUGCCUUCCUUAGAUCUCUUCCCAUUCCCACACAACCCUCUCAGAGAACUAUUCAAGUCCCGAAAGAGCUAACAAUGCCCUCUCACAGCUCCGUUAAUAUCUUUGAUGUGGACGAAGUGUUUGCAAUCCCACCUUCCAAAGUCUAUUCACUAGACUCAGAGAAGGGCAGCCAAGAAAACCGCGGUAUGGUUCUCUGCGGCCUAGUCCGCCACGGGAAUAUUUCUAUCGGCGACGAAAUGGUCAUUGGCCCCAUCUUAGUGGAUGUUCCAAAUGACCAAGGCAAUGAGCCCCAACCACCCGGAGCGUCACUGUCCCGGAGUGGGCCCGGAUCUUCGGGUGAUCUCCCGGCAUCCUUCCCGCAGAUCUCAUUGUCCGGCAAAGAUUCACAAGCCAGGUGGCAGCGUAUCCGCGUUGUCAGUGUAAGAGACCUCCGGCUUCCUGUGCGCCGCCUAAUUACAGACCAAGUCGGAACCAUCGGAAUCGAACCCAUCGGGUUCUCAGAGGAUGGCCGUCUACCGCGUUUUGGCCGGAUCCGCAAGGGCAUGAUUCUCUCAAACUUCCACGCCCCACUCUCGUGCUCAAACGGCACCUUGCCUGGCUCCUCGUUAUUAGCACUGCCCUUCCACACGGGCUUUACCGCCACCUUCCGGUCCACCGAGUUUUCAGCUCCAAAUUCGCCCCCACUCUUGCUUGGCGGUAACGCUAUUGCCUACAUCGCGAACAUUCGAGCUACUGUCCGUGUCAUUUGCAUGGCAUUAACUGGGACAGGCGAGGAGCCAAUUUCCGAACCUCCUUCUCCGUCGGAGCCUGAAUUCUUCAGCUUUGACGGCGAUGCUACAACAAACAAUAAUAUGGAUGGCGCAGGUGAUGCAGUUCGUCGCCGUCCCUCGGCAACAGAUAUCCGCAAAGUAAUGUCUGGUGCUACCUCUACCUCUAUUGUUGGAGCUGCUUCUUCUGCAGAAGCCCUGAAAGAGGACGUCAAGAUUACCUUUGCGCUAGUAUCGUCCAUUGAAUGGGUGGAACUUGGGUCUCAGGUUCUCGUUAUGCCUGGUGUCUCCAUGGCGUCUGCCCUAUCCCAAUCUGCGGCCACGAUAGCAUCUGCGCCUAGCUCUAUCUCUGCUUCUGGGAUGGCGCCCAUGUCAGGGUUGGAAGGUUUUGUGGGGACUGUAUGUGAGGUGAUUCCUGGGAGACUUCCAGUUACGGAGAGCUAG